AUGGCCUCCAUCAAGCGAUCCUCUCUCCUGGAAAGCAACCGCAGCCUCCGCAGUGAGGAGGAGAAGGUGCAGGAAUCCUUGUACUGGAAGACGGAGGAGGACGACCUGUACCUGGCCUCCGUCGAGUACGGCCAAGACCUGGGCGUGAACACCACCUCCAAGUCGCAGGGAAGGGCGGCGGAGGAGGUGAUCCGCCAAAGCGAGGAGGGCGAGGAGACGUUUAAGCUCUUCAGCUUCAAGAACUCCGGCACGGUGAACUUCGAAGUCAAAGGAUUGCUGUCGGGCAAUGUGCUUCAGCUUGGGUUGCAGAUGGGCUUCGGGCCUCACUAUCAGAGCCCGGAAAAGGUCAUCCCCCUGGUGGACAUCGCGGACCAGUUCGCAUUGAUUUUGAUGGCGAUGCCCGACGACAUCGUGUCCUUGGAGAGUCGCGCCCGGGCCAUCGCCGCGCUGAAGGACUUCUCGCGCGGGGAUGUCCAAGAGACGAAGAGCAAGGCCAAGCCGAACAAAGCGGAGGACUCGAAGGAAGGCUGGUCCUUCGACGUCAACUCACCUCCAGUCGCCUCGGGGAAGCAGCGCGCUGUCCAGGCUGAAGAUCCCCUUGUGGAGUGCCAGGGGACUCACGUGGAGGGCAGCUUCUCAUGCUCGCACCUGCAGGAAGCGGAUUGCGAAAGCUACUUCGUGACAGAUGGGCUUAGCCACAUGCAGUGUGCCUGGGUGGCUCAGUGCAAUGUUCCGGACCUCGCGUCCUUGACCCCAAAUCACCGAGAAAUCCUUCCGAAUAUCUACAUGCACAAUGGAAGGUUUCCACAUGUUCGGCAAAGCGACAACUUCUGUUUGCGGUGCAAAGGGUAUUUGAGCACCAAGCAGUCGGGCCAGUACAAGUUCUACACCGCCUCCGAUGACGGCUCUCUUCUGUACCUGAAUAAGGCUAAGGUCGUCGACAACAACGGCUGCCACGGCGAACACGAGAAGUCAAGCGGAGACACGUUCCUUUCGGCGGGUACCCACGAGCUGGUGGUAGAAAUGUGCGAGAUGGGUGGUGGCGAAGCCUUCAAGAUGCGCUAUGAGGGACCAGAUACCGGUGGCUCCAAGGUCGCGGUGCCCGCAUCUGCUCUCAAACACGCACAGAAGCGCUUGGCAGAAGGCCUGGAGUGCGACUACUUCUACGGGCAGGCUCAGUGCCAUGUCCCCGACCUCGGAGGUCUGGCCCCCUCGCACAGUGCAGUUCUGCCACACAUCUACAUGCACAACGGCAACUUCCCUCACGUCAAGCAAGGCGACAACUUCUGCAUCAGGUGCAGCGGCUAUUUGAGCACAAAGAACUCGGGUAACUACAAGUUCUACACUGCCUCCGAUGACGGCUCUCUCCUGUACCUGAACGGGGAACAGGUCGUCGACAACAACGGCUGCCAUGGCGAACACGAAAGGUCAAGUCAUCACAAGUUCCUUGGACCAGGUAUCCAUCGUCUUGUGGUGGACAUGUGCGAGAUGGGUGGCGGCGAGAAUCUAAAGAUGCGCUACGAGGGACCAGAUACUGGCAACUCCAAGGUGAUGAUACCCACAUCUGCUCUCAAACACGAGGUGAAGCCUUUCUAUGCGGACGGCUUGGAUUGCGACUACUUCUACGGCCAGGCCCAGUGCGACGUCCCGGACCUCUCGGUGCUGACCCCUGCUCAUAGCGCAAUUCUGCCGAAUAUCUACACGCAUAAUGGAAGAUUUGCCAAUGUUCGGCAAAGCGACAACUUCUGUCUCCGAUGCAGUGGCGUUCUCACAGCCUCGAGCUCGGGCGACUACAAGUUCUACACCGCCUCCGAUGACGGCUCUCUCUUGUACCUGGACGGCGAGAAGGUCGUCGACAACAACGGCUGCCACGGUGAGACCGAGAGGUCAAGUGAAAGCAUGUUCCUUUCGGCGGGUACCCACGAGCUGGUGGUAGAAAUGUGCGAGAUGGGUGGUGGCGAAGCCUUCAAGAUGCGCUAUCAGGGACCGGAUACCGGUGGCUCCAAGGUCGCGGUGCCCGGGGAGGUUCUCAAGCACGAAGUGUUGCGAGCAUCGGACGGUCUGGAGUGCGACUACUUCUACGGGCAGGCUCAGUGCCACGUCCCGGACCUCGGAGGUUUGAUCCCCUCGCACAGCGCAAUUCUGCCACGCAUCGACAUGCACCACGGGAAUUUCCCUCACAUUACCCAAGGCGACAACUUCUGCAUCAGGUGCAGCGGCUAUUUGAGCACAAAGAACUCGGGUAACUACAAGUUCUACACUGCCUCCGAUGACGGCUCUUUCUUAUACCUGAACGGCAAACAGGUCGUCGACAACAACGGCUGCCAUGGCGAACACGAAAGGUCAAGUCAUCACAUGUACCUAAGCCAAGGUCUCCAUCAUCUGGUGUUGGACAUGUGCGAGAUGGGUGGAGGCGAGAACCUAAAGAUGCGCUACGAGGGACCGGAUACCGGUAACUCCAAGGUCACAAUACCAAUGUCCGCCCUCAAGCACCAGGCCAAGCGACCUUUGACGGAGGGCUUGGAGUGCAACUACUUCUAUGGUCAGGCCCAGUGCGACGUCCCCGACCUCAAAGGUUUGACCGCCGCGCACACCGCCAUUCUGCCGAAUGUCUACAUGCAGAAUGGCAAUUUCCCUCACGUCAAGCAAGGCGACAACUUUUGCAUCAGGUGCAGCGGCUAUCUUAGCACCAGGAAUGCAGGCAACUACAAGUUCUACACCGCCUCCGAUGACGGCUCCCUCCUGUACCUGAACGGCGAGAAGGUCGUCGACAACAACGGUUGCCACGGGGAACAAGAGAGGUCAAGCGAGCACAAGUUCCUGUCGGCGGGCACCCACCACCUGGUGGUGGACAUGUGUGAGAUGGGUGGCGGCGAGAACCUGAAGAUGAGAUAUGAGGGACCAGAUACCGCGAAUUCCAAGGUUAUGAUACCAAGAUCUGCGCUCAAACACGAAGCCACGGACUUUGCGGACGGCUUGGAGUGCGACUACUACUACGGCCAGGCUCAGUGCCACGUCCCGGGCCUCGCGUUGCUGACCCCUGCUCAUAGCGAGGUUCUGCCGAAUAUCUACAUGCACAAUGGAAGAUUUCCCCAUGUUCGGCAAAGCGACAACUUCUGCCUCCGGUGCAGCGGCUUUCUCACAACCUCGAGCUCGGGCAACUACAAGUUCUACACCGCCUCCGAUGACGGCUCUCUCCUGUACCUGGACGGCGAGAAAGUCGUCGACAACAACGGCUGCCACGGUGAACUCGAGAGGUCUAGUCACAGCAUGUUCCUUCCGGCAGGCACCCACCACCUGGUGGUGGAGAUGUGCGAAAUGGGCGGUGGGGAAGCGUUCAAGAUGCGCUAUGAGGGACCGGAUACCGGUGGCUCCAAGGUCGCGGUGCCCGCGUCGGUUCUAAGUCAUGCAAAGUGA